UGAUGGUGUCUUUUUUUAUUUAUUUUAUUUUUUUGAAAGGGCAUGCGUCUUCGGAAUAUAUGCAAGUAUUGCAUGUUUGACACACAGCAAACUUUUCCAGGUGCACUCAAUAAUACUUCCAUUUAUAAGUCAUGAACACUAUUAUCUCCAGAUCAAUCACAUGACCGAUAUUACGUAAUACAAACCUGGUUCGUGUGAACUUACCAGGAAACAAUUUGCAAAUGUUCUUAUCGAGUCAGAGCAGUGACACUCUGCUCUACACUCCAUUCCAAUGCAAACUCACACCCGCCCCGCACGUACGAGUACACACAGGUGGGGGCUCUGCCAGCGAGUAAAAAAUAAAAAAUAAAAACAUUCACGCGGUGGAGAAGGAUGGCCAAUGCGAUAAGGACGGUAGGGAAGAAGUCAACAAAUUUCAUGUGCCCAAACGGGCUCGAGGGGGCCCCUGGGAGCGGCGACGCGGCGAUGAGGUUAACAGCAGGCGAACUGUCCAUCCAGGUGAAUCUGAACGACUAUUUGGACUUCUACUGUCCUUACUACCCCAGCAAGCAGAUGCUGGGCCCCAGGCAGCCGGAGACACUGGCCCUCUACUUGACAGAAGAGGCCGCCUUCCAAGGCUGCGUGGAGACGACAGCAGCCAUCAAGCGGUGGGAAUGCAACACCCCCUUUGCUCCGUUCGGCUCGGUGCGCUUCUCAGAGAAGAUCCAAAGAUUCACCCCUUUCUCACUGGGAUUUGAGUUUCUGCCAGGGCGGCACUACUAUUAUAGCUCUCUGCGUGCAGACGAAGGCCCACCGCUGCCGUGUAUGAAGCUGCGCGUCACCGUGUGCUGCGAGACCGGUGAGUGCGCGCCUCUUUUCAUCAGCUCCCCGUCUUCCAUCGUCAUUUCGCUCCCUGUGAACCGCCUCUCCCUCCUCCCCUCCUUUACCGCCACCUCGGCCUUUCAUAUUUCUACUAUCAGGGCUCUUUUUCAUGCAACUGUUGCCCUCAUUUCCCCAUUACCACUUCGACUGUUUCAUUUCCUCAUGCCCUUUUUCAUCAUUUAAAUUCAGGGAUCCCUCGACUGAGAAGUGAUGCGACUUGAGAGUUUUCGGCUGAUUGCCUUUGACCUGCAAGCAAAAAUGUCAGGCUGCCUAUUGCCAUUCCGAAUUAAAGUUUAAACAUCACAAAGAUAAUUACGUUGUGUAUUUCACCAAACCAUAUCUUAGGAGAGUUCAGUUGCUUCACACUAACACUUUAACAUCCUACAUUAAAAAACAAUUUCAUACUGUAGCUUUGCCUUUAGGAAAGUCCAGUUACCUUAAGGCAAACAAACAACACAAAACACCAUAGAUAUGCCAACAAAACUUGCAAAUGAGUUGCAGCCUUAAUAACCCUUUAAGCAAUUGAGUCAAACACAAAUGGUGCAGCAACACAAGGUAGACAGUAUAACAAUAAUCACUGGCAUAAAUGUAUCCUCUGCGUUUAAUAUUACUGCAUCUUACUGAGGCACUUGUGAAACUCGUUGAUUGUCAUUAUCAGUAUUAAAAAACUGCACAGCAGAAGGAGCCCAGUGCCAAUGGGCAUUAAUUCAUG